AUGUUCAGACAAUCACUAGUGAAAUUAUCUACAAGAAGAGCUUUUUCCUCUACUACAAGACAAGCGGCUCAUUUCAAAGAAGGUGUAUACUCUAACGUCCCAUUCAAGGUCCAUAAUAGAAAGAUUCCAUUUGGUGUUGUUUUCUUUGGUUUCAUGGGUGUUGGUUUCGCUGUUCCAUUUAUUGCCUCCUUUGUUCAAUUGAAGAAAUCUGGUAAUAUAUAA